AUGCGAUCAGCACAGUCUUACAGUUCUUACUCUUUCUGGAUUGGGCUGUCUCGCAAUGGAACUGAGGGGCCCUGGCUGUGGGAGGAUGGAUCAGCUUUCUUCCCUGAUCUGUUUCAGAUCCGACGAGCCAGCUCAAGUCCUUUCCUGGACUGCGUGUGGCUUCAAGGUGCAAACAUAGACACUGCACGGUGUGGCGAGUACAAAUUUUACAUUUGUGAGAAAGUGGUGGAUCCUGCGGUGGUUGAGGAAGUGAGCUACUUGGACAGGCACUAG